AUGUCUUCUUUCACUGAUAAGAAGGUUCUUAUGCUCGGAGCUGGGUUUGUGACUCAACCGACGCUGGAUGUCCUCAGCGACGCUGGAAUCCAGGUCUCUGUUGCUUGCCGUACUCUCGAAAGCGCCAAGAAGCUCGCCGAAGGAGUCAAGAACGCCCAGGCCGUCUCCGUUGACGUCAACGACGCAGCUGCCCUCGAUGCCGCUGUAGCCAAGCACGACCUUGUCAUUUCCCUCAUCCCAUACACUUUCCACGCAAAGGUCAUCGAGUCUGCGAUCCGCAACAAGAAGCAUGUCGUCACAACCAGCUAUGUCUCCCCAGCCAUGCUGGAGCUCGACCAGGCUGCCAAGGAUGCCGGAAUCACAGUUAUGAACGAGAUUGGUCUUGACCCCGGAAUCGAUCACUUGUACGCCGUCAAGACUAUUGAGGAGGUUCACGCCGAGGGUGGAAAGAUCCUUUCUUUCCUGUCAUACUGCGGUGGUCUUCCAUCCCCAGAGAACUCCGACAACCCGCUCGGAUACAAGUUCUCCUGGUCGUCCCGUGGUGUCCUCCUUGCUCUUCGCAACGCUGCCAAAUACUACAAGGAUGGCAAGAUUGUUGAGAUCGAGGGCAAGGAGCUGAUGGCUGCUGCCAAGCCAUACUUCAUCUACCCUGGUUACGCCUUCGUUGCGUACCCCAACCGCGAUUCCACCCCAUACAAGGAGCGCUACAACAUUCCCGAGUGCCAGACCAUCAUCCGCGGCACUCUCCGUUACCAGGGCUUCCCCGCCUUCAUCAAGGUCCUCGUCGACAUGGGCUUCCUCUCCGACGAGCCCGCCUCCUACCUUACCACCCCCAUCGCGUGGAAGGAUGCUACCGCCCAGAUCCUCGCCGCCAAGUCCGGCAGCGAUGCUGACCUCACGGCAGCUAUCAAGACCAAGGCCAGCUUCUCCAGCGAGGAGGAAGAGGCUCGUCUUAUCUCCGGCCUGAAGUGGAUCGGACUCUUCUCCGACGAGGCCACCAUCCCCCGCGGCAACCCGCUCGACACCCUCUGCGCCACUCUCGAGAAGAAGAUGCAGUUUGAGGCCGGCGAGCGUGACUUCGUCAUGCUCCAGCACAAGUUCGAGAUUGAGCACAAGGACGGCCGCAAGGAGACGAGGACGUCGACGCUCUGCGAGUACGGUGACCCUAAGGGCUACAGCGCCAUGGCCAAGACCGUUGGUAUUCCCUGCGGUGUGGCUGUUAAGCAGGUGCUUGAUGGUACUAUCAGCGAGAAGGGUGUGUUGGCGCCGAUGUACGGCAAGCUCAACAACCCGCUCAUGAAGGAGCUCGAGAAGUACGGCAUCACCAUGGUCGAGAAGACCAUCUAA